UUAUGGAGUCAGACGAGCAGAGAGAUGGCACGCUUCAGCAGGGUUGAUGAUGAUGGCUUUAGAGCUGUUUUCUCAGUGAAGACUGGCACGGUAUUUGCUGGCUCUUAUUUCUUGGGAACUUUGAGUCUAAAAGGCAAGGUAAGAAAGUAUCUCUAACUAGAAAAAUACAUCAAGAUUUUAAUACUAAAUAAAGGUGGAAUGCUCAGGACUGUGUGUGGAAUGUUAUAUGAGUAAGGAAAUACAGUUUAAAGAGAAAAAACGGUUAUUGGCAGGCAUUUAAAGGGAGUUAUGGGAAGAGCAUGAAGAUAGAAAAGCAUUCGAAGAGUUAGGGACAAGGGAAUUAACACCAGACUUGCUUCCCGACCUACCUGAAGAACUUGUAAACCUAUAUAAACGUAACACAUAAAGCAACAUUUUGCAAAAAGUGUUAAGAACAGAGACUAAGCUAAGAAGCUAAGUGCAGAAGAGAUGAAGAGUAAAGUAUCGAUCAGAAGUCUAGGUAGUCAGGGAAAGCUUCCUGGGAGGAGAUGGCUUGUCAUCUGCCUUUGAAGGAGCCCAGGAGGACACACAGAGAGGAGGUGCCAGGAAAAGUUCCGUGGAGAAGGGAAGACCUGAGGAUGGCACCACUAACCGGCGUGUGUAUGUCUCCCUUUCUUUUCCUUGCUCCCUUCUUCCCCCCCCAUAGCUUGGAAGCUCGAAGGCUGGCUGUGGCCAUGGGAGACACAGUAGUGGAACCUGCCCCCCUGAAGCCAACUUCUGAGCCCACUUCUGGCCCACCGGGGAAUAAUGGGGGCUCCUUGCUAAGCGUCAUCACGGAGGGGGUCGGGGAACUGUCGGUGAUUGACCCAGAGGUGGCCCAGAAGGCCUGCCAGGAGGUGCUGGAGAAAGUCAAGCUUUUGCAUGGAGGCGUGGCCGUCUCUAGCAGAGGCGCCCCGUUGGAGUUGGUCAAUGGGGAUGGUGUGGACAGUGAGAUCCGCUGCCUGGAUGAUCCACCUGCCCAGAUAAGAGAAGAGGAAGAUGAGAUGGGGGCCACAGUGACCUCGGGCACAACCAAGGGAGCAAGAAGGCGGCGGCAGAACAACUCAGCCAAACAGUCUUGGCUGCUGAGGCUGUUUGAGUCAAAACUAUUUGACAUCUCCAUGGCCAUUUCGUACCUGUAUAACUCCAAGGAGCCUGGAGUGCAAGCCUACAUCGGCAACAGGCUCUUCUGCUUUCGUAAUGAGGACGUGGACUUCUAUCUGCCUCAGCUGCUUAACAUGUACAUCCACAUGGAUGAGGACGUAGGCGAUGCCAUCAAGCCCUACAUAGUGCACCGCUGCCGCCAGAGCAUUAACUUUUCCCUCCAGUGUGCCCUGUUGCUCGGGGCCUACUCUUCAGACAUGCACAUUUCCACUCAGCGACACUCCCGUGGGACCAAGCUACGGAAGCUGAUCCUCUCAGAUGAGCUGAAGCCGGCUCACCGGAAGAGGGAGCUGCCCUCCUUGAGCCCAGCCCCCGACACAGGGCUGUCUCCCUCUAAAAGGACUCAUCAGCGCUCGAAGUCCGAUGCCACCGCCAGCAUCAGUCUCAGCAGCAACCUGAAACGAACAGCCAGCAACCCGAAAGUGGAGAAUGAGGACGAGCCCGUCAGACUGGCUCCUGAGCGAGAAUUCAUCAAGUCCCUGAUGGCGAUUGGCAAGCGGCUGGCCACGCUCCCCACCAAGGAGCAGAAGACACAGCGGCUGAUCUCAGAGCUCUCCCUGCUCAACCAUAAGCUCCCUGCCCGAGUCUGGCUGCCCACCGCCGGCUUUGACCACCACGUGGUCCGCGUGCCCCACACCCAGGCUGUUGUCCUCAACUCUAAGGACAAGGCUCCCUACCUGAUCUACGUGGAAGUCCUUGAAUGUGAAAAUUUCGACACCACCAAUGUCCCUGCCCGGAUCCCUGAGAACCGAAUUCGGAGCACCCGGUCUGUGGAGAACCUGCCCGAAUGCGGCAUCACCCACGAGCAGCGGGCGGGCAGCUUCAGCACGGUGCCCAACUAUGACAAUGACGACGAGGCCUGGUCGGUGGACGACAUAGGCGAGCUGCAGGUGGAGCUCCCUGAAGUGCACACCAACAGCUGUGACAACAUCUCUCAGUUCUCUGUGGACAGUAUCACCAGCCAGGAGAGCAAGGAGCCCGUGUUCAUUGCAGCAGGUGACAUCCGACGGCGGCUUUCGGAGCAGCUGGCCCACACCCCCACAGCCUUCCGACGAGAUCCAGAAGACCCUUCUGCGGUUGCUCUCAAAGAGCCCUGGCAGGAGAAAGUGCGGCGCAUCAGAGAGGGCUCCCCCUAUGGCCAUCUCCCCAAUUGGCGGCUCCUGUCCGUCAUUGUCAAGUGUGGGGAUGACCUUCGGCAGGAGCUGCUGGCCUUCCAGGUGCUGAAGCAACUGCAGUCCAUUUGGGAACAGGAGCGAGUGCCCCUGUGGAUCAAGCCAUACAAGAUUCUCGUGAUUUCGGCCGACAGUGGCAUGAUUGAGCCAGUGGUCAAUGCUGUGUCCAUCCACCAGGUGAAGAAACAGUCACAGCUCUCCUUGCUCGAUUACUUCCUGCAGGAGCAUGGCAGUUACACCACUGAGGCAUUCCUCAGUGCCCAGCGCAAUUUUGUGCAAAGUUGUGCUGGCUACUGCUUGGUCUGCUACCUGCUGCAAGUCAAGGACAGACACAACGGGAACAUCCUGCUGGACGCAGAAGGCCACAUCAUCCACAUCGACUUCGGCUUCAUCCUGUCCAGCUCGCCCCGAAACCUGGGCUUUGAGACGUCAGCCUUUAAGCUGACCACAGAGUUUGUGGAUGUGAUGGGUGGCCUGGAUGGGGACAUGUUCAACUACUACAAGAUGCUGAUGCUGCAGGGGCUGAUUGCUGCUCGGAAGCACAUGGAUAAGGUGGUGCAGAUCGUGGAGAUCAUGCAGCAAGGUUCUCAGCUUCCUUGCUUCCAUGGCUCUAGCACCAUCCGCAACCUCAAGGAAAGGUUCCACAUGAGCAUGACUGAGGAGCAGCUCCAGCUGCUGGUAGAGCAGAUGGUGGACGGCAGCAUGCGGUCUAUCACCACCAAGCUCUACGACGGCUUCCAGUACCUCACGAACGGCAUCAUGUGACGUGCCCACCCCGGCCCUGGAGCAGCAGGGCACUCGGGGUCCUCCCUGGGAAGGCCCUUGGAGAAACCCUGAACCAGGAAGCCCCGCCACCCAACCAUCCACCCAAGGGAAGUGGAAGGCAAGAAAUACGAAGGAUCAUGUGGUAACCGUAGAGCUUGCCAGGGGGUGGGAGAGCCAGCCACAGGGUCCCCGCCGCCCUCCCUCCACCCCCUCCCCAGGCUGUGUCAGUAUUACCGCCUGACAGACUCCAGAGAAUAGAGGUGACAAAUGUGAGGGACACUGAGGCCUUUCUUCUCGCCAGGGUCCGAGAGAUUCUUUCCACAGGCCAUCCUCUUAAUCUGUUCUGGGUCCCAGGAAGGGGGCAAGAGUAGGUUCUUGGUACUUAGGACUUGACCCUGUGGUUGGCCUUUGGCCAUGCUGCUGCCCGACUCCGUCCCCUCCCAGGGACUGACCCCUAGCCCGAGAUCCCCUCGGUGGGUGGGCUCUCGCAUAGGGUCCUGCACUUGCUAAGGUUCCCCAUCCCAGGGGCUAGGAAGGGAAUUAUCACGGCCCCUCCAGUCUGAGGGUAUUGGCCUAGCCAGGGGAAUUCCUUGCCCUGAUCCCUUCCCCACAUCCAGGGAAACAACUCUCAAUUUUUUAUUUUUAAUUUUUGUUUGAAAUAAAGUCCUUAGUUAGCCAU